UUCACAGUCUCCGGGUGGACGGUGUUAUCCUCUCCACUCAGAGCUGAAGUGGGUCGGCUGUGUGUUCGCGAAAGACUUUCGUCUCUUCCGUCGGGAUCACUGUCUGCGGGCCGAAGAUAUCACUUUCCCAUCGUUAGACCUGCAGUGAGAGAUUUAUUGGAAGAAAAACCACGACUGAAGACAUGGGAACAGCAACAAGUGAACCAGCCCGAGAACUGAGAGCAUAAACUGUAGAGAACCCAUCUGACUCAGGGUUUCCAUUGAUUCAGUCAGGAGAAAGUCUGGUUAAAAAUGACAAAGAAUUAAUCUAUGGGAAUCUCGAACACCACACACCAGUUUUGCUGUCUCUAUCCAGAUAUUUAAGAAGCGGAACAAAGGAUUUCCUCGAUCAUCCUUCCUGCUCAGACUGUGGGGAGGGAUUCACUCAAUCAUCUGACUGACUGGCACGCCUGACAUUUUAAACAAGGGAGGAAACCCAUUCAUCUUCUUAGACAGUCGGAAUGAAUUCAUUUGGAAAUUUCAACUGAAGGGACAUCACCAAGUUGACACUGGGACGAGGCCAUUCACCUACUCUGUGAGUGAGAAGGAAUUCAGUCGGUCUUCCCACCUGUGGACACACCAGUAUAUCACACCGGGCAGAGGCUGGUCAUCUGCUAAAUUUGUGGAGAAGGAUUCACACGGUCAUCUGACUUCAUGGCUCACCAGCGGGUUCACACUGAGGAGCGGCCGUUCACCUGCUCAGACUGUGGGAAGGGAUUCACUCGGUCAUCCGACCUACUGGGACAUAAGUUUGUUCACACUGGGGAGAGGCCGUUCCUCUGCUCAUUCUGUGGGAAGGGAUUCAUUUCAUCAUCCAACCUGAAGGUACAUGAGCGAGUUCACACUGGGGAGAAGCCAUACACCUGCUCAGACUGUGGGAAGAGAUUCACUUGCUCAUCGGAACUGAAGGUACAUCAGCGAAUUCACACUGGGGAGCGGCCGUUCACCUGCUCAGACUGUGGGAAGGGAUUCACUCAGUCAUAUCAGCUGAAGGUACAUCAGAGAGUUCACACUCGAGAGAGGCCAUUCACCUGCUCAGACUGUGGGAAGGGCUUCACUCGGUCAAUCGACCUCCUGGGACACAAGUUGGUUCACACUGGGGAGCGGCCGUUCAUCUGCGCAGACUGUGGGAAGGGAUUCACUCAGUCAUAUCAACUACAGAGACACCAGCGAGUUCACACCGGGGAGAGGCCAUUCACCUGCUCAGAAUGUGGGAAGGGAUUCAGUCGAUCAUGUCAACUACAGACACACCGGCAAGUUCACACUGGCGAGAGGCCGUUCAUCUGCUCGGAAUGUUCAAAGGGAUUCACUCAGGCAUCUCACCUACUGAGACACCAGCGAGUUCACACUGGAGAGAGGCCAUUCACCUGCUCAGACUGUGGGAAGGGAUUCAUUUGCUCAUCCCAACUGAAGGGACAUCAGCGAGUUCACACUGGAGAGAACCCAUUCACCUGCUCAGACUGUGGGAAGGGAUUCACUUGCUUAUCCCAAAUGAAGGUACAUCAGCGAGUUCACACUGGAGAGAGGCCGUUCACCUGCUCAGACUGUGGAAAGGGAUUCACUCGGUCAUCCCAUCUGAAGGAACAUCAGCGAAUUCACAUUCGGGACAGGCCAUUCACCUGCUCAGACUGUGGGAAGGGAUUCACUCAGUCACACGAAUUACUGGUACACAAGUCAGUUCAUACUGGGGAGUGGCCAUUCACCUGCUCAGACUGUGUGAAGGGAUUCACUCUGUCACACGCACUACUGGUACACCAGUCAGUUCACACUGAAGAGAGGCCAUUCAACUGCUCAGUCUGUGGGAAGGGAUUCACUUGCUCAUCCCAAAUGAAGGUACAUCAGCGAGUUCACACUGGAGAGAGGCCGUUCAUCUGCUCAGUCUGUGGGAAAGGAUGCACUAGUUCAUCCCAACUGAAGGUACAUCAACGAAUUCACACUGGGGAGAAACCGUUUACCUGCUCAGACUGUGGGAAGGGAUUCACUUGUUCAUCCCAACUGAAGGUACAUCAGCGAAUUCACACUGGGGAGAAGCCAUUUACCUGCUCAGACUGUGGGAAGGGAUUCACUAGUUCAUCCCAACUGAAGGUACAUCAGCGAAUUCACACUGGGGAGAAGCCAUUUACCUGCUCAGACUGUGGGAAGGGAUUCACUUGUUCACCCCAACUGAAGGUACAUCAGCGAAUUCACACUGGGGAGAAGCCGUUUACCUGCUCAGACUGUGGGAAGCGAUUCACUCAGUCAUUUCAACUACAGAGACACCAGCGAGUUCAUACUGAUUAGAGGCUGAUCAACUGAUCAGACUUUGGGAAAAGUUUCUCUCGGCCAAAUCAACCAAAUUGUGCAUCAUUGAGUUCAUACUAGGAAGAGGCAGUUCACCUGCUGUGAAUGUGGAAAGGGAUUCAUUCACUUAUCUAUCCUUAUGACACACUACCUGGUUCACAAUGGGAAGAGGCGAGUCAGCUGCUGUGAACAUGGAAAAGGAGUCAUUCAUCUAACCUGAUGUAAAUCUCGCUUCGGCUAGCAGCUUAAUAUAUGGGGGUGAUAGCCACUCAGCCCGGUCAAACAUAAGAAAUCUCGUUUGGGUGGAUGCUGUGUGGUGUGUCCCAUGUUAUAGCUAAGUA